CUUCUCUACUCUCUCUAUAAAUACACUUCUUAUCUUCAUUGUGUAUACCCAACAUUACACCAAGCUCAAUUGAUCACCAUCACCCCUUUCUCUUCUCUCUUCUGCAACCAAUUCAUCAAUGGCCAUCUCUAAAGCCCUCAUUGCAGUAAUGGUUCUUUCUCUACUUGUUCUUGAUCUUGUUCAGGCUGUGCAAACCAAUCAAGAGACUAGCAACACUCUGACAGGCAGCACUAUUGGCAAGCCCAUGGAUUGUGGGGCAGCUUGUGCAGCUAGGUGCCGAUUGUCAUCAAGGCCAAGGCUAUGCAAGAGGGCAUGUGGGACUUGCUGUUGUAGGUGCCAAUGUGUUCCUCCUGGCACCUCAGGCAACCUUGAUUCCUGUCCUUGCUACGCCACCAUGACCACUCGCAACAACCAGCGCAAAUGCCCUUGAAAAACUACUUCGCUUAUUUUUAUUUUUUAUUUUUGCUAUGCGUGUUAAUAUAUGAACUACUUUGGAAUAAAAACUUGUGAUGAAGGGAAAAACUAGAAUAAAGCCCUUUGUUUUGUGUAUUAUUUCAUGAAAUUGUAUAAAUGCUGUUCACUUGGUCCUUCAAA